GAAUGCGACCAGGUUCACAUCGACGAUGUGUCUUCAGACGACAACGGUCAAGAUUUAAGCACCUAUAACUUCGGAACAGACGGCUUUCCUGCGGCUGCCACCAGUGCGAAUUUGUGCCUCGCAACGGGAGUGCGCGGAGGAGUGGACUGGAUGCGAAAAUUGGCUUUCCGUUACAGACGAGUAAAAGAAAUAUACAAUACCUACAAAAAUAAUGUUGGAGGUCUUCUGGGUCCAGCAAAAAGAGAGGCUUGGUUACAACUAAGAGCAGAAAUUGAAGCUUUGACGGAUUCUUGGUUAACACUUGCACUGAAAGCACUCACCCUUAUUCAUUCGAGGACAAACUGUGUGAACAUUCUUGUAACAACUACUCAGCUAAUUCCAGCUCUGGCAAAAGUCUUGUUGUAUGGACUAGGGGUUGUAUUUCCCAUAGAGAAUAUUUACAGUGCAACUAAAAUAGGAAAGGAAAGUUGUUUUGAGCGAAUAAUUCAAAGGUUUGGAAGAAAAGUAGUGUAUGUCGUUAUAGGGGAUGGUGUCGAAGAAGAACAAGGUGCAAAAAAGCAUGCUAUGCCAUUUUGGAGGAUCUCAAGCCACUCUGACCUUAUGGCCCUUCACCAUGCCUUGGAACUGGAGUACUUGUAGCAGCUCAGCAGCACUUUGAAACCCCAGAGCCUCCUUCUGCCCAUGGACGGGAUGUCUGUGUCUUGUGUCAGCAUUGGACUACAGAACUUUGUGAUUUCAACAUGUUGACGUACAGCUGCAAUUGGUCUUAACCCUUGCCCUUUCAGUAAACGGAGGAGCAUGUCUUUUUCUUCAGAACAGCUGUUGACUCUGGUACUGCGAGUCCAACGAAAAUAAGCCAUGCAAAUGUUUGAACAACUCAUCUUUACCGUAUUCACUACCAAAAAGAAAUAGAGAAGGAAAAAAAAAAAAGAAAUAAAAGGUUCAUACCUGUGAAGAAAAAAAAGGACCUGCAGAUGCUUUGUAGUUUUUAGACUCUUCAAUGUGACACACACCAUUUCUUCAACACAGCAAACUUGAUUGCACAAUGAAGACUGAGAUUUUUCAAAAUACCAGUGGAGUAAUUUUCUUGUAAAGAAGGUUUACUUUUUGGUUUCUCAUACCCAGGGUACUCUGUACAUCUUUACUUAUUUAUGAACAGACUAUAUUUUGACAUCAUAUAACUGAGGAUAUGUAUAAUAGGAUUAAAGGCUAUUAUAAGCCUUUGCCUUAUGGUACAGCAACUACUUUUGAUUUUAGCACAUUACAGAGUAGUUUAAAAUAUGUCUAAUUUAAACUAAUAGGUACAUCACUGAGACAAUCAUGUACAGGAAGAAUUUUUUGUGUAAAUUUGUAAUAAUGAAUGAUUCUUUUACAUAUUGUUAAGGUAAAUGCUAUUGAAAGAUAGUAAUGCCUUGUUGGUGAAGAAUGAGGCCACGUGUGCACAAACUGUUGUGCAGUGCCUUAUCAAUGCGUUGGAUAUAAAUAUGUAGAUAAUGGAUUUUUUUAGAUAAAUUUGUCAAGACCAAAAGCAUGGAUGUCAAGUGUCAAUAAGAAUUGGGUUUUGUUCUUCUCAGCUGUUUCUCUACCUUCUUCUUCUCUCACCUACUCUGAUUAUGAAAAGUUUGAUUUCUUUCCCCCCACGAAGGAAAUAUAGAUAAAACACAACUGAAGAGGAGUCCUUUGCCAUCUUCUGUUUCCUCUUCUAACGUUAACAUAUUAACCCCUUUUUAAAGUAUUGAAAAAUGAAUUAGCAGAUUCAUUCCAUAAAGAAAUAGAG